GCCACACUGCACACAGGCUGCCCAGAAGACCCAGGAGGACCCGCAGAGCAGCAGGCCAUGGCUGCUUCGGCAAGCACGAACUGGAACCUGAAGGAGAAUGCCAGCGAGCACCACACCGACCAGUUCUCGGGCAAGGAGCUGGUGGUGCGGCGCGGACAGCCCUGGGCCAUCACGCUGACCUUCGCUGGAGCGCCGCCGGCUGGAAAAGACCUCUCCUUCGCGGUCGAAAGAGGGCCGUCUGCUGCUCUGCAAGCAAAGACGCGGGUGGCCUUCGGCAUCUCCUCCAGCACCCCGCCCAAGAGCUCCUGGGGCGCCGUCCGGACCUCCGCCGCUGCCAGCUCCGUGACUGUCUCCAUUUCGAGCCCAGCAAAUGCUGCCGUCGGACGCUACCGGCUCAGCAUGAAGACAGGCGCCAGCAGCAGCAGCAGCAGCAGCAGCAGCACAAACCUGGAGACUUUUGUCAUGCUCUUCAACCCUUGGGUGCCAGAGGACGACGUGUUCAUGCCGAAUGACUCGGAGCGCGAGGAGUACGUCCUCUCGGAGUUUGGCGUCGUCUUUGUGGGCAGUGCGAACCGCAUCUCGCAGGUCGGGUGGAAUUAUGGCCAGUUUCAAGACCACGUUCUGGAGAGCUGCCUGGCCCUCUUGGACCGAAGCUUAAGCCACCGCAGGGACCCAGCUGCCGACUUGUCUCGCCGAAAUGACCCCAAAUACGUGGCCCGGGUGCUCAGCGCCAUGGUCAACAGCAAUGACGACAGCGGAGUCUUGCAGGGAAACUGGAGCGGGAAUUACUCAGGGGGCGAGAAUCCCAGCAGCUGGACAGGAAGUGUGGACAUCUUGCGCAAAUGGAAGGAUUCGGGAUUCAAAUCUGUCCGGUACGGGCAGUGCUGGGUCUUUGCAGGAGUCCUGGGCACAGUCCUCAGGUGCCUGGGAAUGCCCACCCGCAUGAUUUCCAACUUCAGCUCAGCUCAUGACGCGGACAGAAACCUAGCCGUGGACACGUACUAUGAUGCCUCUGGCAACCCUCUGAACAUGGGGUCGGACAGCGUCUGGAACUUCCAUGUGUGGAAUGAAAGUUGGUUUGUCCGGUCUGACCUUGGCGCCACAUACAAUGGGUGGCAGAUUGUGGAUGCCACUCCACAAGAGAGGAGCACAGGCAUCUUCCAGUGUGGCCCGGCUUCCCGCACCGCCAUCAAAGAGGGAGACGUGGAUCUGGAGUUCGACACCCCCUUCGUCUUUGCAGAGGUCAAUGCUGACCGCGUCACGUACGUGUACGACACCUCCACGGGGGAGUCCAAAAGGAUCCACUCGGACACCAAGUCCAUUGGCCAGCAGACAAGCACCAAGGCUGUGGGCAGUUAUGCCCGCCAGGAUGUCACGGCCACCUAUAAAUACGAAGAAGGCUCUGCUAAGGAGAGAACCAUCUUUAACAAGGCCCGUAAGAAGCUGAAUCUGAACGAAUUUGAAGCCAUCUCCAACCUGCCAGAACUCAAGCCCAACGUCUCUGGGAAAUUCAAGGUGGAGAGCCCCCCUGAGGUUGGCCAGGAUGUCAGCUUGCUCUUGACGCUCACCAACCUAGCCUCCGAGGCCCAGAGCCUCAUGGCCAACAUGACCGCCUGGUCCAUUGUCUACACUGGGAAGCCCAUCCAUGAGAUCUGGAAGAAUUCCCUGCCAGUGACCCUCGGCCCCAAAGAAGAGAAAACGUUCCCCAUCAAGAUCUCCUACGCGGAGUACCAGCAGCACCUGACCACGGACAACAUGAUCCGGGCCACCGCCUUGUGUGCCGUAGCAGAGGGCAGCGAUACCCUGGUGCAGAGGGACGUCAUCCUGGACAACCCCUCCAUCACCGUGGAGGUGCUGGGCCCGGCAAGAGUGAACCAGCAGGUGAAAGUGGACGUGAUCUUCACCAAUCCGCUCAGCCAGGAGGUGAAGGACUGCAGGCUGUUCGCCGAAGGCAGCGACUUGCUGGAGGCCAAGCUCAAGCUGGAGGCUCCGCCUCUGAAGGCCAAGGAGCGCUCCAAGGUCCAGUUUGCGAUCCAGCCCAGCAGGAGCGGCACCAAGCAGCUGCUCGUCAACUUCACCUGUGACAAGUUCCAAGACAUCAAAGCCUUUAAGACCAUCCAGGUGUCCGACUAGCCCGGAGUGGGUGGCUUGUGGGCUGAAUGGCCCCUCCGAAUACAGGCUCCCUCCUUCUAA